AUGGAUAUUGACGAAGACGAUGAUUUUUACGCUCCCGAGGAGCCUACUGUUCCUGAAACAACGGCGACAACAACAGCAGCAGCAACAGCGACAACUGAAAAUGUAGCACCCAAAGCCGCGUCGCCAAAAGUAGACGCGAAGAAUGAGGAGCUGGAAGAGGGCGAGGAGGAAGAUGAGGGUGGUGCUAUGGACGAAGACGAAGACGACUCAGACAUUGAUAUUAUCACUGAGCGCAAUGAUGGCACAAAGGCGGCACCUCCGACACAAUCACGAUACAGCGAUAUCAGAAACAUUCCACAAAGGUCUGCUUCCAACGACAUGGCCGUAAAACCUGCCCCCGCCAAGAAGGAGGGAGAGUCCCCCGGUGGCUCGCCAUCUGAGCUCCCUCUUGGUGUCCCCAGCGCAGAUAAGGCUGCUGCCGCCGCCUCCAAAUCGACUAUCGAUGUUAACGCGAACCCUCCUUACCCUCCCGCUGGCAAGCCCAUCACCGCCGUUAACAUUGACGAGGAUCUUCUGGAGAACGAAAAGCCCUGGCGUAAGCCCGGUACUGACAUCAGUGAUUACUUCAACUACGGUUUCGACGAGUUCACUUGGGCCCUCUACGCCGCCAAGCAGGAGGCCAUUCGCGGCGAGUUCAACGCCGAUGCCAUCGCCGCAGGUAAUAAGAAGAUGAUGGAGGACUUUGGCAUGAUGAUGAUGGGCGGCAUGAACAUGCCUGGUGGAGGAGCUGGCGGUGCCAGUGCGCAGGGCGGCGGUAUGCCUGGUAUGUCCGGCAUGGACGGCAUGCCCCCUGAGAUGCAGGCUAUGAUGCAGCAGAUGAUGGGCCAGGGCAUGGACCCGAGCCAGAUGGAUCCUGCUACCAUGUCGGCCAUGUUUAGCGGUAUGCAGGGCCAGGGUGCCAACGCCGGCGGCCAGGCGGGUCAGGGACAAAACUUUGGCCAGGGUGGCUUUGGAGGAAACCAAGGCCAGUAUGGCGGCUACGACCAGCAGGGCAUGGGCGGUGUUAACCGCGGCGGCUUUGGCGGCAGAGGCCGAGGCGGACGUCGCCAAUGGUAA